AUGCGCAAGCAACAGGGCUCUCUCAAGGAACAUGUAUUCUCCACACACAACCAGAUCCUCACCAGAGACAUCUUGACAAGCAACGCUGACGAGACAUCUGGACAAAGCAAUAAUCGACAGAUCCCUGGAGCCCACCCCUCGACCCUGGAGUCCACCCCUCGACCUUGGAGCCCACCCCUCGAUCCUGGAGUCCACCCCUCGACCUUGGAGCCCACCCCUCGACCCAGGAGCCCACCCCUCGACCCAAGAUCCCACCCCACGACCCUGGAGCCCACUCCUCGACCCUGGAGCCCACCCCUCGACCCUGGAGCCCACCCCUCGACCCUGGAGCCCACCCCUCGACCCAAGAUCCCACCCCUCGACCCUGGAGCCCACCCCUCGACCCUGGAGCCCACCCCUCGACCCAAGAUCCCACCCCUCGACCCAAGAUCCCACCCCUCGACCCUGGAGCCUACCCUUCGACCCUGGAGCCCACCCCUCGACCCAAGAUCCCACCCCACGACCCUGGAGCCCACUCCUCGACCCUGGAGCCCACCCCUCGACCCUGGAGCCCACCCCUUGACCCUGGAGCCCACCCCUCGACCCUGGAGCCCACCCCUCGACCCAAGAUCCCACCCCACGACCCUGGAGCCCACCACUGGAUCCAAGAUCCCACCCCUCAACCUUACAAGCACCUGUGACAUUGAUGAUGGGGUUGACGACGAUACAGGUGACAUUGAUGAUGGGGUUGACGACAAUACAGGUGACAUUGAUGAGGAGGUUGACGACAAUACAGGUGACAUUGAUGAGGAGGUUGACGACCAUACAGGUGACAUUGAUGAGGAGGUUGACGACGAUACAGGUGACAUUGAUGAUGGGGUUGACGACAAUACAGGUGACAUUGAUGAGGAGGUUGACGACCAUACAGGUGACAUUGAUGAUGCGGUUGACGACAAUACAGGUGACAUUGAUGAUGGGGUUGACGACAAUACAGGUGACAUUGAUGAUGGGGUUGACGACAAUACAGGUGACAUUGAUGAUGGGGUUGACGACAAUACAGGUGACAUUGAUGAUGGGGUUGACGACAAUACAGGUGACAUUGAUGAGGAGGUUGACGACCAUACAGGUGACAUUGAUGAUGCGGUUGACGACUACACAGGUGACAUUGAUGAGGAGGUUGACGACCAUACAGGUGACAUUGAUGAGGAGGUUGACGGUUAUUGUCAAAUAUACAGUGAAGCUUCAGAUUGA